AUGCAUCUGGAUGAAUAUUAUUCAGAUAGGCUGAAUGGAUUACUGAGGGACAAGAAGAUAAUUGAUCAAUAUGACUUUUAUGAUCUCGCUAUUUCUAAGACUAUUGGCUCUGGAGGAUCUGCUUCUGUUUACGCCACAAAUUGGAAGAAUACAUUAACAGUUUAUGCAAUCAAAAAAUCUGUUAAUAACAAAGAGGUUUAUUUAAUGAUCAUGGCUAAUUCUCAUGAAAAUAUAAUUCAAUUUCGUGGAGUUACAAAGUUUGAAGAUGAAAAAAAUAUUCGCUUAUUAUGUGCCGAAACGUAUGAGCUCGUUCCUAUAGCACUGGCAGAUAUAAAAUGA